CACUCUUCCCUUCCUUUCUCAGAUCCGACCACUCCCCUCCCCACCGUUGUCUCCCCUGCCAUUUCCCCGAAUUCGUCGGGAACCCUAAACCCAACUACCACUACUCGUCGUCGUCGCCGUGGUCUUCGUCCGAGUAAGCAUUGGUGCUGGCAGAAAUGGAGGCGGCGCUGGAGGCGGCGCGCUCCAAGGACACGAAGGAGCGUCUUGCCGGAGUGGAGCGGCUACACGAAGCGCUGGAGGCGGCGGCGAGGCGUGGACUGACGGCGGUGGAGGUGACGUCACUGGUUGACACCUGCAUGGAUCUGACCAAGGAUGCCAACUUCCGUGUCGCGCAGGGAGGGCUGAACGCGCUCUCCGCCGCCGCGGUGCUCGCCGGCGACCACUUUAAGAUCCACCUGAAUGCUCUCGUCCCUGCGGCCGUCGAGCGCCUCGGCGAUGGCAAGCAGCCUGUUCGUGAUGCCUCCCGACAGCUCCUGGUCACCCUCAUGGAGGUUUCUUCUCCAACAAUCAUUGUUGAAAGAGCUGGAAGUUAUGCUUGGAGUCAUAAGAGCUGGAGGGUGCGAGAAGAAUUUGUGCGCACUCUUGCAACGGCAGUUGGGCUUUUUGCUUCUACAGAGCUCCUUCUGCAGCGAGUGUUUCUUUCACCUGUCCUGCAGUUGCUGAAUGAUUCAAACCAAAGUGUUAGAGAUGCUGCAAUCUCAUGUAUUCAGGAGAUGUACAAAAAUAUGGGAUCUCAGUUCCAUGAAGAGCUGCAGCGCCAUAAUCUGCCUUCUUAUAUGCUAAAGGAAAUAAAUUCAAGAUUGGACAAAAUAGAACCAAAGGUUCCCUCAUCUGAUGGUGCUAGAAUGCAAUAUAAGGCCAUGGAAAGGUCUGUUAGUGCUCAUCCCAAAAGAGGCAGUCCAAGGAAAAAAAGUGCAUCAAGGGAAAGCACAUUAUUUGGAGCUGAUACAGAUAUUACUGAAAGGCCAGUGGAACCCAUAAGAGUUCAUUCAGAGAAAGAGUUAGUCAGAGAGGUAGAAAAGAUUGCAGCUGCCCUUAACCCAGAAAAGGAUUGGUCUAUACGUAUUGCCGCAAUGCAAAGGAUUGAAGCCUUGGUAUAUGGAGGUGCAAUUGAUUAUCCAUCAUUUUUCAUGCUCUUGAAGCAGCUAGUUCAUCCAUUGUCCUCCCAGCUUUGUGAUCGACGGUCUAGCAUUGUAAAGCAGGCAUGUCAUCUACUUAAUGUACUAUCAAAGGAACUCCUCAGUGACUUCGAAGCAUGUGCGGAAAUAUUUAUUCCGGCACUUUUUAAGCUUGUUGUCAUAACUGUGCUUGUGAUUGCUGAAUCUUCAGACAACUGUGUAAAAACUAUCCUGCGGAAUUGCAAGGUUUCACGUCUUGUUCCUCUUAUAGCGGACACAGCAAAGAAUGACCGCAGUGCAAUCCUCCGUGCUAGGUGUUGUGAAUAUGCACUACUAAUCUUGGAAUAUUGGGCAGAUGCUCCAGAAGUACAACGCUCAGCUGAUAUAUAUGAAGAUCUGAUAAAGUGCUGUGUGGCUGAUGCAAUGAGUGAGGUUCGUGCAACUGCAAGAAGUUGCUAUAGGAUGUUCAUAAAGACAUGGCCUGAACGCUCACGUCGGCUUUUUAUGUCAUUUGAUCCUGCAAUACAGAGGAUAAUAAAUGAUGAAGAUGGGGGCAUGCACAAGCGGUAUCCUUCAUCAUUGCAUGAGAAGGGUGUUCAACUUUCUCGUGCCUCGUCUCAUGCAAGUGCUACACAUUUGGCCGGAUACAGUACUUCAUCUAUUGUUGCAAUGGACAAGGGUGCAGCAAUUUCCUCCGAAUCGUCUCUCUCGUCAAGCAUUCUUCUGUCACAGUCAAAGGCAGCUGGUAGACAUACUGAAAGAAGCAUUGAAAGUGUGCUUAGUUCGAGCAAACAAAAGGUUUCAGCCAUUGAGAGUCUAUUGAAAGGUGUUGGCAUCUCAGGCAGGCAAAAUUUCUCAGCUGUGCGCUCAACAAGCUUGGAUCUUGGAGUUGAUCCUCCAUCCUCUCGUGCUCCUUCAAUCCCGCUUGCUGUACCUGCUUCGGAUCACAUGUCUUUGCAGAGUUCUGCAUUGUUGGAUUCAUCUCUUCCUAGCAUAACUACCAGAAGAAAUGGCGGUUCGCGUUUGGUAGAUGCGGUGCCUCAGGUAGAUACCAAAGAGCGAUCGAGGUCACCAUAUUUGAGUAAUCUAUCAUCUGAAAGAAUGUCAGGUUUGUCAAUGCGUUAUAUGAAAAGAUCUACAGGGAGGUCCCAAGAUGAUAGCAUUACGGGUGAGAGUAAUGACACGUGGUCAAGGCCAACCAGACAAUCACCACAAAUGCAUAUGGACAAAUACUUCACUGAUAUGCCUUAUAGGGAUGCCAGUUAUAGAAAUUCACAGAACCACAAUGUUCCACACUUCCAGAGGCCUCUUAGAAAGCAAGUGGGAUCAAGGCCUUCUGCGAGUGUCAGACACAGUUUUGAUGAUGGCCACAUCCCAUCUAAUGACAUGUCUGGAUACACGGACGGCCCAGCGUCUCUAAAUGAUGCACUCUCUGAGGGUCUUAGUCCAAGUUCAGACUGGGUGGCAAGAGUUGCAGCUUUUAAUUUUGUUCAGACAUUGUUGCAGCAAGGACAGAAGGGCAUUCAGGAGAUUACUCAGAGCUUUGAAAAGGUCAUGAAGCUAUUUUUCCGUUAUUUGGAUGACCCUCAUCACAAAGUUGCACAGGCAGCUUUCUCCACGCUUGCAGAUGUUAUUCCAGCAUGCAAGAAGCCAUUUGAGAGCUAUGUUGAAAGAAUUUUGCCGUAUGUCUUUUCAAGACUUAUUGAUCCAAAGGAAUUGGUUUCUAAGCCAUGUUUCUCGACCCUGGAAGUUGUCGGACGAACAUAUGCUAUCGACACACUGCUACCUGCAAUAGUACGUUCGCUGGAUGAACAAAGGUCUCCAAAGGCUAAACUAGCUGUUCUUGAGUUUGCUAAUAAAUCAUUCAGCAAGUACAAGGUAGACUCUGAGGGUUACAGUAACAGCGGUUUUCUUAAGCUCUGGCUUUCAAAACUAGCACCUUUAGUACAUGAAAAGAAUGCAAAGUUGAAGGAAACAUCCAUCAAAGGAAUCAUAUCAGUUUAUUCUCAUUUUGAUUCAGCGGCAGUCCUAAAUUUCAUUUUAAACUUGUCAGUUGAAGAACAAAACCUUGUGAGGCGAGCUCUCAAGCAAUAUACUCCUCGCAUUGAGGUUGACCUGGUAAACUACCUGCAAAGCAAGAAAGAACGUUCACGUCCCAAGUCUUAUGAACAGCCUGAUUUGGGAGCUUCUUCUGAAGAUGGUUAUACUCUGACAUCAAGGAAGAACUAUCCGUUUGGACGGUUUUCUUCAAGUUCCCUUGAUAAUGAAGCGGAGAAGAGGAAUGCAGUGCAAGAAUCAACAUUUCUUAAUGUCUCCAUUGGCCGAACAACCUCUGAUGUUGGCACUGACCAUGCUGACCAAUGUUUCAAACCUACCUACGAACCUGAAAUUCUUACAGCAAGUAGGGAAUCAAAGAGUAAUGCUCGCUCAGUUGUAGAAGCUGCACGCUCAUGGGCAGAUUAUCCUGAAAAAUCAGAUGCCACCAUCGAUGAUGAAAAUUCUACUGGCACCCCUCGCCAGGAUUUUUGCCAUGUUCUUGUUUCUGAUGGACAUAAUGCUGUUGCUUCGAUUGUUGGGGUGAACAAUCAAGACAUACACCAAUUUGUCGACCUUAGUUCUGUGAAGGCUGCCUCGCACACAACUGACAACCCCAGCAUACCACAGCUUCUUCAUCUGAUAAGUAAUGAUAGAGAAGUUUCAUGCUUAGAGAAGCAGGAUGCGCUACAUCAGUUGGUGAAAGCUUCCGCCAACAAUGAUAACUCUAUAUGGCCAAAGUAUUUCAAUCAGAUUUUAACAACUGUCCUUGAGGUGUUGGAUGACUCUGAUUCUUCUCUCAGGGAGCUUUCUCUAUCGCUAGUUGCUGAGAUGCUCCACAAUCAGAAAGAUCCUAUGGAAGAAUCCGUAGAGAUUGUCCUUGAAAAGAUACUGCAUGUCACCAAAGAUGUUGUGGCAAAGAUUUCAAAUGAAGCAAACCAAUACUUAAAUGUUGUGUUGGCAAAAUACGAUCCUUUUAGAUGCCUUGAUGUUAUUGUGCCCUUGCUAGUCAGUGACGACGAGAAGACACUUAUCAUGUGUAUCAACUGUUUGACAAAGCUUGUUGGGCGGCUUUCACAUGACGAGUUGGUGACUCAACUGCCUUCCUUUUUACCAGCACUUUUUGAUGCUUUCAGUAACCAAAGUCCUGAUAUUCGCAAGACUGUUGUAUUCUGCUUGGUAGAUAUCUACAUCAUGCUAGGGAAAGCAUUUGCACCAUACUUGGAGGGGCUCAGUAGCACACAGUUGCGGCUUGUUACAAUCUAUGCGAAUCGAAUAUCUCAGGCAAGGUCUGGUGCACCGAUCGAAGCUAACCAAUAAAUCUUAUCGUCUGUGUACCAUAUGGGUAUUUGUUCGGAUGGGCUGGGAUUUCAUUCAUUUGUGCAUUUGUAUAGAACAUACAGAUGUCGCUCAUGUAUUUAGCUGAUGGCUUUUCUUGUGUGAUAAGCGUUCCUUGUGGUGUCUAUUUUCUUGUGUGAUGUGGAUAUGUGGCAAGCCUUUGCACCAAAUUCUGACGUUGUACAAAGAGAACAGACAAUGCAGCUUCAUGACCGUUUUCUUUCCCAUUUUUCUAUUUUGGCUCUUGCGGACAAAUAUGUCAAUAGUCAACAUCAAUUAUGAAA